GGGGGCCUAAACAAAGAAGGUCUCAAGCCCAAGUCCGUUUGCAGUGAGGGGAAACCAUUAAACCCUAGCAGUUCAAUAAACAAAAUCCCCUCUCCUUCCACUGAGACCCUCUGCAGUUCGCGUUUCUGAUCAGCAGCUCUAAUCAAUGGGGGCUUACACCUACGUGUCGGAGCUAUGGAGGAAGAAGCAAUCGGAUGUCAUGAGGUUUUUGCUUAGAGUGAGGUGCUGGGAGUACCGCCAGCUUCCCUCCAUUGUUCGCGUCACUCACCCCACUCGCCCCGACAAGGCUCGUCGUUUGGGUUACAAGGCCAAACAGGGUUAUGUGAUCUACCGUGUCCGUGUUAGAAGAGGUGGCCGCAAGAGGCCUGUUCCCAAGGGUAUUGUGUAUGGAAAGCCCACAAACCAGGGUGUUACACAGCUGAAGUUUCAGCGCAGCAAGAGGUCAGUGGCAGAGGAGCGUGCAGGUCGAAAAUUGGGUGGCCUUAAAGUUCUCAACUCAUACUGGAUUAAUGAGGAUUCAACUUACAAGUACUAUGAGGUAAUCCUUGUGGAUGCUGCACAUAAUGCAGUGCGGAAUGACCCAAGAAUCAACUGGAUCUGCAAGCCCGUCCAUAAGCAUAGGGAACUCCGAGGCCUCACAUCUGCUGGAAAGAAAUACAGAGGUCUGCGUGGAAAGGGACACUUGCAUCACAAGGCGCGGCCUUCUCGCAGAGCAACCUGGAAGAGGAACAACACCCUCUCCCUUCGUCGCUAUCGCUGAUUUCAGUAAACUUGGGUUUGUCUUUGCGUUACAAUGCAUUUGACUCAUCGAUAUCUUAUAUUUUCCUGGUUGUUGAAGUUGGGAUUCAUGGGAUGUAAGACAUGUUUGAGGGUCUGAACUUGCAUUAUGUUGAUAAUUUUGUUCUUAAAAUUUCAGAUGUUAUUAGAAAACUUUUCAAAAUUU